AUGAAUAUAUUUGCAUUUCUACUCUAUUAUAUCCCUGGUGUACGACUACCUUGGCAAGGCAACAGCUCGUUAGUAAAUCUUUUCUUCCCUGUGUCAUAUGUGCGUACAGUGAAGGCUGCCCGUCUUGCUGUUGAUUUCAUUGUUUUUCAUGACUGGGUUCUGGGGCACCAUGGUACUGUUCUUCUUCCUGUAGUACACCAUGCUUACUCUACCAUCCUUUUUUUUUUUCCAGUUCUGCCUCAGCAGAUCAUCGUAAAGAGACAAAGGUUUACUGGAUUCCUGGGAAAAGAAGUAACCCUGCCCUGUUCAUUCAUCACUAAUGACCAAAAUGUGCACGUGACUCUAGUUUGGUUAAGAAAUGGUACUAAUGUAGCAGCAUACAGCCCUCAGUAUGGUACCCAUGUGCAGGAGGAUUCACGAAUCCAGGAUUCCAAAAUCCCAUACAGAACAGCGCGCACUCUACAGUCUCUUCUCUCCUUGCAACCGAUGAAGGGGAUGAAUGAAUGUGAAGUGACCACUUUCCCAGGAGGAAACAAAAAGGCAAACACUCAGUUGAGUGUACAUUCCAUUCACAGAAUUCUGCUGAAGCUAUCUCUGUGGUGGCCGGGCAAACGUGAGUACUCACUGGUAACCAACAACACUAAUGGUACCAUCCACUACAAUAAGCCAAACAGGCUCAUGCCAACAUGGACCGCUGAUGGAGAGAAAGUAACCUGCAUAAUCAGCCAUGAAAUAGAAACUCCCAUUCCAUUGACUCUCGCUGUUGUUACUAUUGAAGGAUAUGAUAAUAACUGGCAUUUUAAAUCGUAAUGGGGGCUUAUCUGACUUGUAAGUGCCAGAGGGAACCCUCCCCCUACAUCAUAUACUUGGAAAACAGCUGAUGGAGCUCCACUUCCCACCUCUGUGCGUGCAAAUGGUAUUACACUGUAUGUGGACCGGGUUGACGAACGUGUGAACAAAAACAUUCUUAUGUGAGGUCACAAAUGCUCUCGAAGCAGAGCCACGCGUCAGGAUGUUCUAGUAAGAGAGAAACCAAACACGUCUGGCGCAGGUGCCACAGGUGGCAUCAUUGGUGGUAUAAUUGCAGCAAUUGUUGGUCUGGCAGUUUUGGGGACAGUGAUAAUGAUCUAUAAACAGCAGCGCAAAAACCAGACUGCAAAGAACGAUGAAGAGUUUGAGGGUCCUCCAGCGUAUAAGCCACCCCCUCCAACUUUAAAGAUACAAGCAGAGACGGUCAGAGAAGAAGAAAUGCUUCCACUAAAGACGCCUGCACAUCUUUCUGAAACAAAAGAAGAUCUGAAAAUGACUCCCGCAGACCACUCAGACCCACCCUCUGAAAUAGACGAUGAUUACUUGGAACAGAUUAACCCUAUUUACAAUGAUUUCUCUCUCCCAAAGCCUGGAUCUUAUAAAGAUGAGCAAGAUUUUGUUAUGUCUCCAGCUGUAUAUGUGUGAGGAGCAGCACCAAGAACUGGCCAAAAAGAUGUUACAUUUAAGUACUAGACAUGGUGCUAUCAGCCAUGGAUUCUAAUAAACUGUAAACAAGAUGGUGGAUUCAUAGAAAUACUAGAUUCAACAUGCUGUUUUUUUACACACUAGUCCCAUAGUACAUUUGGAUAUAAAUUCCAUGCAUUGGUGAAAUAAUUUAUAUAGACAGGCAGUGCUUGUUUUAUGUAAUAGAUUAAACACUGUAAUAAUGUAAGUUUUAUAUGCAAAGUGUACAUAGUGUUAUGGGAUACAUGCAUUCAUAAAUGGAAGGAUUGCUUUUUGACUGAACAAAUAGCUUGGUAAGAUAUGAUACUACAUUUCUCUAUAAGGUUUGUGCAUAGACACAAUACUUAUAUCUUUAUUUUACAUUGGUUAAUAUAUUGAUUCAAUGCUGCUUUUAGAUAUUUAUUUAAAUACACAGUACAGACAAAAAUCUUAGAUAUGAAAUUACAGAGAUUGGUUUGUCUGCCUGCAUCGUGUACACACUACAACAUGGUCUUAAAUAUUUGUUCACAGGCACAGAAAGUGCUCUUAGGUAUCUGUAAAUACAGACACAGAUUCAGAUACCCAGUACUAUUGCAUUUAUAAAUCUGUUCAGAGACAUACCUCUUGAUAGAUAAAACUGGUUCACAUACACAUUUAAUAUUAGUGAGUGACGUGUUGUGUGUAUGGGUGCAGAGUAUAUGCCCAUGAGUGAGAGACUGAUUUUAUAUUGGGAUUGUAUGAAAUUGCGUAUUUGCAGUAUUUGCAUGCAGCUAGAUAAUGGUAUGCCUGUAUUUGCUGUGUACAUAUGUGCACUGCAGUGUUUUUGUGGGUACAUGUGCAUUAUAUUUGGCCUUGUUACACGUUAUAAAUGAGAUGUACUAAUACUGUGAUUAUAUCCUUGCAAAUAUGUAUAUGUGGCGUUAUAUAUUUUAAGACAAAUUAUUGUGAAACUGCUUUCUAUUUUUGAUAAAUCAUUAAAUGUUUUUUUUUAAUACUA